GGCCGGCCGGGGCGCUUCCUUGCCGCAGCCCUCCACGCAUCGCGCGUCCCGCGAGCCACCAUGUCCGACCCCGCGGUCAACGCGCAGCUGGACGGCAUCAUUUCGGACUUCGAAGCCUUGAAAAGAUCUUUUGAGGUCGAGGAGGUUGAGACGCCCAACUCCACCCCACCCCGGAGGGUCCAGCCUCCCCUGCUCCGGGCCACCGUGGCCAGCUCCACCCAGAAGUUCCAGGACCUGGGUGUGAAGAACUCAGAGCCCACGGCCCGCCAUGUAGACUCCCUGAGCCAGCGAUCCCCCAAGGCCGCCCUGCGGAGGGUCGAGCUCGCGGGGCCCAAGGCCGAGCCGGUGUCUCGGCGCACGGAGAUCUCCAUCGACAUCUCGUCCAAGCAGGUCGAGAACGCUGGCCCCACCGGGCCGUCCCGGUUCGGGCUCAAGCGGGCUGAGGUGCUGGGCCACAAGACGCCAGAGCCCACCCCCCGGAGGACGGAGAUCAGCAUAGCCAAGCCCCAGGAGGCAGCCCACCGGAGGGUGGAGACCCCCAGCUCCAAGACCCCCGAGGCGCCCGCCGCCCCCGCCGCCGACGCAGCCCCCAAGCGGGUCGAGAUCCAGGUGCCCAAGCCAGCCGAGGCGCCCGCCUCCCAUCCCCCCCAGACCCUGGAGAAUUCGGAACCCACGCCGAUGUCUCAGCUGCAGAGCAGGCUGGAGCCCAAGCCCCAGCCCCCCGUGGCUGAGGCUCCCCCCAGGAGCCAGGAGGCCUCUGAGGUGGCUCCGGGCAGCACUGGCGACAUGGCCGACACCCCCAGAGAUGCGGGGCUCAAGCAGGCGCCUGCGCCGCGGAACGAGAAGGCCCCCGUGGACUUCGGCUACGUGGGGAUCGACUCCAUCCUGGAGCAGAUGCGCAGGAAGGCGAUGAAGCAGGGCUUCGAGUUCAACAUCAUGGUGGUCGGGCAGAGCGGCCUGGGCAAGUCCACCUUGAUCAACACCCUCUUCAAGUCCAAGAUCAGCCGGAAGUCAGUGCAGCCCCCCUCCGAGGAGCGCAUCCCUAAGACCAUUGAGAUCAAGUCCAUCACACACGAUAUCGAGGAGAAGGGCGUCCGCAUGAAGCUGACGGUCAUCGACACGCCGGGCUUCGGGGACCACAUCAACAACGAGAACUGCUGGCAGCCCAUCAUGAAGUUCAUUAACGACCAGUACGAGAAGUACCUGCAGGAGGAGGUCAACAUCAACCGGAAGAAGCGCAUCCCCGACACGCGCGUCCACUGCUGCCUCUACUUCAUCCCCGCCACGGGCCACGCCCUCAGGCCCCUGGACAUCGAGUUCAUGAAGCGCCUGAGCAAAGUGGUCAACAUCGUCCCGGUCAUUGCCAAGGCCGACACGCUGACCCUGGAGGAGAGGGUCUACUUCAAACAGCGGAUCACUGCAGACCUGCUGUCCAACGGCAUCGACGUGUACCCCCAGAAGGAGUUUGAUGAGGACUCAGAGGACCGGCUGGUGAACGAGAAAUUCCGAGAGAUGAUUCCGUUCGCCGUGGUGGGCAGCGAUCACGAGUACCAAGUGAACGGGAAGAGGAUCCUUGGAAGGAAAACCAAAUGGGGCACCAUCGAAGUUGAGAACACCUCCCACUGUGAGUUUGCUUACCUGCGGGACCUGCUCAUCAGGACGCACAUGCAGAACAUCAAGGACAUUACCAGCAGCAUCCACUUCGAAGCCUACCGCGUGAAGCGCCUGCAUGAGAGCAGCGGCGCCGUGGCCAACGGCGUGGAGGAGAAGGCGCCGGAAGCCCAGGAGAUGUAGCCGCGCGGCCCCGCCCCGCCCCCAGCGCCCCGCCCCGCCCCCUGCCCCUUUUUAUUUUAUAUAAUUUUCUCCAUGUGUCCUCCAUCUCCGCCCCUUUUCACCUGCCAGGUAACCAGAGGCCGAGCGCCCUCAGAGUCUGUUCGCUGUCGGCCCGCUGACGACCGACCGGGCGCAGGGCCUGGGCUCCCUGGCUGUCCCGGGGUCCAGGAGGGGCGGGCGGACCGCUGACUCCGCCUGGCCCCGCCCCCACCCCAGGCCGCAGCUCCCAGGGGCGGGGGCGUGGCCUCCCUCGGUGUCCCUGGGAGCAGCCCCUGCAGCCCGGUGGGGGGGGGGGGGGGGUGUCCGCCCCCGGGGAGGACCGAGCCAUCCUGGGGACCUGGACCUCCUUCCUGCCCCCUCCCCAUGCCCUACACGGCGCUGACGGAACCCCCACCCCGCCCCAAGGGGGGCGUCGUUCAUUCCACGAGACCCGAGAUGCCAAUUGCUUAGAUGCAGCAGAGGGCCCUGGGCUGCUGCCCGCCCACCCACCCGCAAAGCCUGUCCUGGAGCAGAAAGUGCCUUUAUCUCAGCCGUCCACGAGAGCCACCAGCUCUCCCCAGCUGUCCCCUCGGCGGGAAACUGGGACCAGCUGGAGAGAGGGAGGUGUGUCUUCCUCUCCCUUCCUGUUCCGUCCUCACCCCCCCCCCCCCGUCCCCCACCCCUCUGGGAUUUGAUUGAAGAUUCAAAGGAAGGGAAAAGAUGACUCCCCACCCCACUCCCCGAUUUCGGAGAAGGUCCAAGCAGGUGACUCUGGCAGAGGAGCUGAGGGAGGCGAGGGCCAUGGGAGCUGUGACCGGAGGGGCCCAGAGAGGCCCUGGUGGCUUUGGUGCCUGCCCUGCCCCACCCCCACCCGUGCGACCUGUUUGCCCCUCUCUUUAGACCUCCGUUUGGCCCAAGGCACUCUAGUUAAGUGAGUGCCACUGGCCACCUCAGAUGGGCACCGGGCCCUCCAGACCCAGGCCUCGCUGACGCAGCCCCCGCCCCCGGGAGGUGGGAGGCCAGGCAAGCCUGACUUCGUGUUGCCCUAAGUGUGCCUGCGCCCCUGCCCCCAGAGCUCACGGUAGAGACCCCCAGAGAGGGAGGCGUCAGGAGUCCGGGUGCCACAGAGCCUCUGUCUCCGCGGGGGCGGCCGAGAUGCUCCCCCCUGCCUCCGGGACAGAGGGAGGGUGCGGCUCAGGCCCAGGCGGGGCACGUCUGCGGACCCCAGGCGUGCUCCUUGCAGCCGGUGAGAAGCACAGGGGGAGGGGUGGGGGCCGAGGGACCUGGCGCGUGCGUGUGCGUGUGUGCGUGUGUUACUGCUUUGCGUGUGUACGCCCCACCUGAGAGGAAGGACCCCUAGCAAACCAGUUUACUUGCCGACUUGCCGUUUUUGCCAAAACCAAGAUGUUAGAGGCCGGGUCCGUCUCCAGCGUCGGAUCCCGGCCCGGGGCCCCGCACGUGCCCCGCCAGGGGGCUCUGUCUGCAGCCAGAUUUUGAAAACUUGUUCGUUUCACCGGGCGGGCUCUGUUCCGCAGUGGCCUUUCGGUAUGUGCCUCCUGAGAAAUUCGUCUCUUUUUGUACAAAUAGCAAUGUGUUGAAAACGUAUUUCCUGAAAUAAAUGUUCCAGAUGCAAACCCGGAAA